UUGCCACACAGACCGCAGAGUCAAGGGGUCCAAAACACCCCCGCGACCUAAACCGUUACAAAUUCAAAUAUUAGCGAAAGUAUUGGAAGUUCGACAAUAGUCACCAUGAAGAUCACCAGGACCUUGUUAUUGUGCAUCUGCACCCUCACCCUUGCCGCAGCAGCCCCGACACCAGCCAGGGAUAGCAUCCAGCACGCUGAGUACGAGUACGACUACGACAACUCACAACAGGGACAAGCCCAAGAUCCCCAGGAGUCAGCCAGCCACUACGACGCUUACAUCCAAGACGUGCAGGCAGCGGCGUCUGGCGGCGGCGGUGGUGCUAAAAAAGGCUUCAGUCAGGGCAGUGGGUUGAGAACCAUCGCUGUCGGAUCAGCCAAUCAGGCGAAGACUGCUCUAGGCAAUCAAGCCGCUGCAGCGUACCAAGCUGCUUACGUAGCUAAGAAUACCCUUGCCCAGUCAGCCGCCCAGGCCAGUGCCACAGCGCAGGCAGCGCUUGCCGGUAAACAAGUCAUCCUGUCUGGAUUGGAACAGCAAGUGAGAGAUGCCAAGGUUGGACUUCAGGGUGAGGAGAUGCAGCUGCAACAGGCGAAGAGAGCCGCUCAGGCUGCCGCCCAGGCCGCGCAACAAGCUAUGCACCAGGUGAACGUAAUCCAAGCGGCUUUGAACGCGGCGCAAGCCACAUCAGAGAACGCAAACGAAGCCGCAUCGCAAGCCGCAGGAGAGCUCGGAGCACAGACCGCCAUGGUGGGCGCUGCUAGACAGAGACUGCAUACCCUCCAGGAGCAGCUGCAUGGAGUCAGAAUUGACUUCGAGGCUACCCAGGCUGCUGCCAGGAAGGCUCAGGCUGCUGCUCAACAAGCCCAGGCCAACGCGGCCGAGGCGGCGGCAAAGGCAGCGGCUGCAGGACUCAGCGCCAACAAGCAUCAAGACUCUUCCCAUGAAGGUACGGCUUACGAGGAGUACAAAGUAUCGCCAAGCAAGGAGCAGGACAGCCAGGAGUAUUAUAACCUAUCGUCGGACUUCCAACACCAGUAGCUUUAAGGUUUUAGGCGAUUCGUCUUGAGUUCUGUUCGUUUUUGAACGCUGGAUGUUGGUGGAUGAUUCGGCGCAUUGGAAUUUUAAACAAAAUGAAUAUUGCAAAAAAUAUUAUCUUCAAAUUUUGAUAAAAAAUUAAAAUCAUCCAUUAAUGACAGUUCAUAAACGUCCAGACAUAUCUUCAAGUUUAUAAUAGAACACAAAAUAAAAUAUUCCAAAUAAAAUUAUUUAUUGGAACCAUUUGGAAUAUUUCGUAGUGCUUUCUAUUGGAAACUUUAAGUCUUAGUUUAUGUAAAUAAUUUAGAUAGUGAUAGAAUCAAAAGUGCUUGUGAUAUUUUUUUACUUUUAUAUGAAUUGAGAGCUAAUUUAUAUAUUAACAGCUUCGAACUGCUUUCAGUUUUGUUCUUGUAUAACCAUUUAGUUAUACUGCAAAAAUGUCUGCAAGUACAGCGAGCAAGCACCUCGUAACAUAACAUGCAACGAGAACACGCAACAGCCGUAGAAGUUUCGAACGUAAACUGCAUUUUUAAACACUGGGGUUAAUUUUUUUAUAUGUUUCUCUCAUUUCCAUAAGUAAUUUUAAGCAUCUCAUAUAAUUCUUUAUUAUUCUUUUUUUUCAUAGCAUCA